AAGAAGGGACGAACGAUGCGUAGGCUUGAAACCCAAAACCCAAUCCAAGUUAUCCAAUCCAGUGUCUCGCUUCGUCUCCGUCGCCGCAGGCGCACACACACGCACCAACACCGCGAGCAAGCGAGCGAGCGAGAGCGAAAGAGUGCGAAAGCGAGACGCACACAUUCCUGGCAUUUCUGCCACUCCUCGCCAUCCAUCACUCUCACCCUCACACUUCAAUUGGUGGCUCUCAUCGCUCGCUCUCUACUCAUUCAUUCUCUUGCUGCUGAGUUUCCACCUCUUCUCUGUCUCGGUCCCUCAAGCAUUCUCACACUCUCUUUGUCUGAACUACCUCCAAUUUUGCUUCUUCGUGAUACUUGGGGUUUAGCCAUGGCGGCCUCGUGCGCCUCCUCCUCGCUGUUGCUGAGGCCAUCCAUGUUGCGGUCCACUAUUCCCUGGGAGGUUGCCUCUUCCCCUAGACAGGAGUCGGUGGCGAUGCGAGCUGCGAUUGUGCCCGGGCCACCUUCUGCGAAUGAGACGUGGGGGAGUGGUGCGGUGGACGGGGACGAUGAGGGUGAAUGGGAGGAGAUUCCCGUGCACCGGGUGACGGUUAGGGACCGGCAAAAGGGCGUCACGCACAGCUUCUGGGUGCCGGAGGAUCGGUACAUCCUUCAAACUGGAGAAGAGCAACAGAUAGACUUGCCAUUUUCGUGUAGACAUGGGUGCUGUACUGCAUGUGCUGUGCGGGUGAAAUCUGGACAAUUAUACCAACCUCAGGCUCUCGGUAUUUCUGCAGAAUUGAGAGAAAAGGGCUAUGGGCUUCUCUGUGUCGGCUACCCUCUGUCAGAUAUCGAAGUUGAAACUCAGGACGAAGACGAGGUUUACUGGCUGCAAUUUGGACAAUACUUCGCAAGGAACGCUAUUGACCGAGACGAUUUCGCGCUGGAGUUGGCCGUAGCCGACGAGUAGGGCAACCAUUUUUAAGGGACAAAUUAGUGAUCAGGGUCAGAAUUCUGGGCUUUGCAGAGUUAGAGGCGCCAUGAUUCUCACACAAGCCUUUCAUUGCAGUUUCGGAAGAUGUCAUCUCGAACUUCAGGUCUUCAUUGAAAGUUACAUGCUAAAAAAACUUCAGUGUACAAGGAACAGGUGUAGAAAAGGAGUUUUCAUAGGAAAUCGAUUUGAACAAACAGUAGCUGGAUUGAGUUUAGUUUAAAAGCGGAGUUUGGAAGAAGGGUGGGAUAAUGAGGAUAAUAUAGAACCUUUUUUGGUUUAAAUGAGAUUGACACGGAGUGCCAAUAUCUGUA